CCCCAAUGAUAUGACGUAUUGAUGACGCGUGUCCUAGCCUUGGGGGCUUGAUGCGUGCAGGGUGGUGCAGGGUGCAGCUCGUGCAGCUCUGGUGAAUGAGCGGGGUUCCUCCUCCUGCGGGUGACGUCACACAUGACGCAGUGGGGAGGACGUGUCUUGUCUCUGUCUCAGGACGCAGCUGGACGGUAGCAGCUUGUUGUUGGUCUUCGAGUUGAAGACCAACAACGGGGACUAUUUGUCCACCCUUCGCUCGGCUCGUGGAUUCAUAACAGAUGGGGACUAUUAUGGAGGAAUGAGCGUGAAAAAGGGAGAGGAGCGUUAUUUGGGUUCACUGCACGGACUCCCGGGGACUUCCCGACCGGUACAGCUGGACCUGGAGCUGGACCUGGAGCUGGACCUCUACAGAAAGCCUACGGAGGACAAAAAUGCAGUCUUGUGCAUGGAUGAACGGACAGCAGAGACAGGUUGGACCACCUUCACAAUCCUCACAGGAUUCCUUCACCCACAACACAACGAGGAAUCAGCAAGCUGGGACUGCAAAUAUCUCAUGGCAGUACGGGACAGCGAAAACGGGAGUCCGACCACCACAUAAUGCAAAUUUGAACUAUCGCGAUGGAGCUUACUCUAACAGGCAGCCAUCAAAUUGGCAGACCUCAGCAGUUCCUCAUCAGGCAGUUUCUUCUCAGCAGUCAGCUGGAGGGAACAAUUAUUAUCUGAAAAUGUUUUUAACAGGCAAUCUGCCACACUCAUCUGCUAAUACGCAAAGUGGAUACCCUGGUUUGCCGGUCACUUGUGUAGUUCAGCAAGAUCAGAACUCCUCGACCCAGAGUCCACCCAACAUGGUGGAAGUAAACACUACGUACCCUCAGCAAAACAUGUCAGCACAUUGGAACCAGUCAGUGAGAGUACAAUCAAUGAGGACACGUAUGAGCACAACGGAUGGUAACGUUGUGUCUGAUCUCCAAUAUUGUAGGGAUAAGAAUAGCUUGUUUCACAAUGGACAGUCGACUAAACCUGUUUCAGCAUACACUACAACAGCUACCUCACUUCCACGUGAAGAGGUGACUUACACUGGCACCUACAGACAGACUGCUCAUAACAACAAUCCCAAGCAAAAUGUUCCUCAGCUUCGCUACUCCCCUCCAAGUUAUAAUACAGCUGUAUCUCAGUCUUUCAGAAACAACAGCAUUACAACAAACUCAUCAUCAAAUGGACAUCAUUUUCUCGUUUCCAGCAUGAGUCCGAAAACCCAACAAUACUCAACACAUAACAGCUGGGGAGAGGCCACCUCCUCCAUUAACUCAAAUUCAUAUAGCAGGCAGUAUGAAGCCAGCCUUCUCUUCUCAAAAACAAAUGGGCUUCCCUUAAAUCCUGCUGUUGAUACACAACAGGAAAUGCGCCAAAAGAUUGCAAAAAUUGAGGACUAUCUACGUAAUCCAUCCACUGCUGGCACAGAUGGUCGUCCUCCGGUGAAUACUAAUUCACCUCACGGACAACAGCAGUUUGGCAGCAAGGUCAGAAUAACGGCGUCCAAUCAAAAUAUGCAACCUGUGACAUCGACUGUAACGAAAACAUAUAACUUGAAUGCCUCCCAGCCCUUACCACUCAAUUCUGGACAAUAUUUGCCUAAAACAACCCACAGUGUUAUGUCCACACAGCAUAGCUUAGAUGUGCCAUCUGUCGUCACAGCAACACAAGAUGGAAGUAAGGCAUUGGUUCCUAAAAAAAUUGUUGGAUCUUUAAGUGAUGUAUCUCAACUGAUGCAGUUGCCUGAGGGCAUUUCACCACAGAGAAAGGAGACCCAAUCAUCUGUGGCAAACAAUCGUGAAAGGCUUGAAAUGCUCUCAUCUGUCAAGGCAAAUGACAGCUCCAUUCACUUAUCUCCUGGCCGCACAAGAGCUGUAGCUGUCGUGCAACCAUUGUCACAGGAAAGUUACCAGGUUGCCAGCAAGCAGAUCAGUCCUAACACAAUCAGUAAAUUGCCUGAGGACACUGCAACAGAUGUAUCUUUGAGUAACCCUGAGAAAUUAUUUAUUUCACCAUAUAACAAACAGGAUGGACCUGGAGUAGGACCUUAUCUUUACCUGGAAAACCCAAAUCAAAUGAGGUACAGCAAAUCUGCAAUCAGGCAAUCAGCAGCAUCCAAUGAUGGUACCAUUGUGUCAUCUUCAAAUACAGCUGGGCCUCAAGACUUGUUGAAAAAACAGUUAUGUGCAGAUGACACAGGAUCUGAGCUGGCUAUUGACAUACAAGUAGACCAGCGUGUUGCACCAACUGCUCAACAAUCAGUAACCUCCAAAGUGACAAUGAACGAAAGCGGUGAGAAGGAUGAAAGUGAGAUGCCAACAGAUCCAAAGGAGGUUUUAGAUCUCUCCUCAGUCCCAACAACCCCAUGGAUGCUUGCCACGUUAAAUAAGUUGAUACAGGAUGGCGAAAAAGCUCAGAUGGAGUUAAAUGAUUGUUCUGAGUUUUCUACUCUACGCAAAUUAUUAAGCAUGUUUUGGGAUUGCAACUUAAAAAAAUUGUUACAUGACCUCAAGACUUGCUUGUACAAGGAUUGUGUCGCUGGUAUUGAAAAAUUCUGCAGCGAACAUGAAACACCAGACUCUGUCAUACUGUCACAAGUAGAGAGCGGCUUUGGGAAGCAGCUCGAAAGCUACCAUGUCCUCAAAGAUAAUGACGUUUACUCAGAACGGCCCUACAAGUCAUCAUGGUUGAAUAUUAAUGAGCAGCUUGAUGACAUUGACAAAGAUUUUGACUUCCCGUGGUCUUUGAAGCGUCGUCUUCACACGCUCGAGAGUGACAGCCAGUCAGAUCAGGUCGAGACAGACGACGGCAUUCCUGUACAAAUUGCAAGUGAGGUGUCAAACAAGAUGUUGUCAUCGAUAAAGCUUGAAUCAGUUGACUCAAGUGAAGAAAAACAAGACUCCACUGUUGAAGCCAUUUCAACACAAACUGCCUCUCCUAAUAAAGUGGAGAGUGAUUUCAGUGACCCAUAUUCAUUUGAAAUCCAAGUUUUGCCUCCAGAAGAGGCCAAAGUUAUCUUUGAGCAAGUACAAAGCAAACUGCCACAAAGUAUGGACACGGACAACCAGCCAGAGAUAGUCACGAAUAGCUCUGCGGAGAGUGAGCUACCUAGGAUUACAGAUGCCCCAUUGAGUGACCGAAAACUGGAGAAUGAGUCAUUCUGUCCAAUAGAAGAGGUUUGCUGCAUUGAAAGGUUGAAGGAAAUAAUUUGGGGGUCAAACACUGCUUCUUUAAGUAAAUGCCAGUGCAAGUACAAGCAAAGUCAUAAAGAUGUCACUGAGAAGACCAUGGUCAAGGAAGAGGUGGCAGUACAAAAGAAAGAUGAACUGUGUGCGAUCAGGUCUGACAGUAAAUUCCACUCUGCCACAGAAGGAGAGAAUCAAGCGAAGGGCAAGGACAACGACAGCUAUCAGGUCAUGACAUUUGACUGGCCUGAGCUAUGCAAUGAACUCAGUCACACCAUUGACUUAACCGAAGAUGACAACAAACCUCACUCCUAUUCUGACAAAGAACCACAGAACGUUUCCCAGAGAAGCAUAAAUAGUAGCCAGUUGAGUAUUAUUCUCAUAAGUAAAAAUGAAGAUCAUCUGUCCAGCCUUGAAAAUGAAUUUCGAAAGCAGAUACCAGACUUGGAAAAUGAAAGCAGCCAAUCAAGUGGUUCAGACGAGAAAGAAACCAAAAAAAUCUCCAGAAGUGCAACUGAAAUUCAAUCGGAUCCUGAAGUGGGUUGUGUACAAGAUCAGUUGAGAUUUAUAGGAAAUGCGCAGUCAUGUACUUCGGACAGCAGUGACAAAGAACUUGAAAAUCUCUCUAGCAGCGAAAGUGAAGUUGCCAGUGAGAUGUCAGACCUCGAAGAACAUUCUGAAGCAGCUCAGCUGAUAUCUACAAAUGAGGAAGAGUCAUCAUUGGAAACUGAAGAGGAAACUGAAAUUAGUGUGACCGGUGCCCGACAGACAACUUGGAGUGGUAAACAUGAAACUGCUGAAAGAAAGGGGAAGAGACUAAGCGGUCAUGAUAGAUUUUUCCCAGUUUUUAAGAAAUCAAAGAAAUUCCAUGUCCUUGAGGGUGCUUCAAAAUGUGGGAAGAUUUUUCUUGAUGAGACUGAUGGUGAACUUUCAGCCUCAAACGUUCGAACUGUAGAACUGGUACUGUUUGGCUCAACACCACAAGAUAAGCGUGUUUUAACUGGCAGCAGAAAGAGCCAUGUUUCAUCUCCAAAUGCUGUGUUUGAUGCAGUACCAAGUCCUCCACUAGUUCUGACUGUGAAUCUCAGUCCCAUGAAGAGAAAGUCCAGGAAAACUAUCUCAACAUGGGAAUUUUCAGUCAAACAGCUUUACAAAAAAUGGAAGAUAAGUUUACCACCAACUAAAAUCAGGCGCAGAAGCAAACUGAAAGCACAGAAGUGUAGUUCAUUUGGGGGGAGUCUCAAGAAAGCUGAUACGGUCGGGCCCGCCAACAAUGAGGAGCUGCCAUUUUCCUCUGAAAUGAGGAUCUGGAAUAAAAAAACUAAGCCCUGCUUGACACUGAAGAGGAGGUGGUCCCUCUCAAACAGACUCAAACGUGGAGAGGAGAAGACAGAGAACCACACCAUCACACUCAACCAGCCUGCUGAUCAAGAGAGAAGUGAGGCUGAAAAUGGAAGCCAUGCUGUCAUGCCCCUCCAGAAUAGCGAUGUCCUGAAGUUCAGUGUCUUACCCAAUUCCUUCAGCUUCAAAGAUGGAUACAAUGGGACAAAGGAAACCAAAGAUCCCGUCCCAGACAAGCAUGAGUUUGUUGAAGGAAAGAACAAGAGCCACAACAAUACUGUCAUGAGGGCCAGAGGUACAUGGUAUUCAAUCCCUGAGAGGAAGUGUUUUUCGCCUUCCGUUCCCAAGACUGACAGCAUCUUCCAUGAGUUUCAGAAGAAAUACAACGAGAAGACGCUGACACCCAUCAUUAAUGAGUAACAGGACAGGCGGAGGUUUCCCUGGCAGCAGACCAUUUUUAAGUCAAGUAUUGUCUUCUGUGUGGGAAAUGUUUCAUUUGAGAAAUUUGCUUCAACAACCUUGUUGUUACAGAAAUGAUGUCUUUGUGUUUUUAUACUUUUAUACUAUACUUAUAUUUGAAGAGUAAAUGGAAGUUUAUGCUCUUAACAGUCUGUCAAUAAGAGUUCCUACUGUAAUACAGGUCACGUGUUCUCAUCAGUUUGCACAUAAAAGUGUCUGUUUACUAUAAAAUCUUUCAAGUCAUCCACUUCAGAUACAGUUCCCAAGGUGUCACGAUAAUAUUUUACGCAAACUAACGCAACAACAAACUAACUAACUAUCAUUUAGACAUGCUGUAUAUUUCAGCUACAUAUUUAUAUUUUUAUAUUUUUAAAAUGUUUUUCUACAAUAUUUGCAUCUUGGACAUAUUUUUUUUAUAAGAAACAAGAAACUUGAUGAACAAGUCACUGUUUGAAACUCUUUUUUUUACCAGAAAUAAAUUCACUUUUCACUGAG